AUGACGGACGACUCGCGCAUCGAGAUCGAGCGCGACGUCAAGCCGCUGCUCUCGAGCGGCGGCGGCGACGGCGUCGGCUACGGCUCCGACGCGGAUCCGGACGACGAACGUUUCUACUGCGGCGUGGACCGCGAGCUCCUGUUCAACACCCCGGACGACGGCCUCACGGAACACGAGGCCGCGGCGCGUCUGGAUCGCUUCGGUCCGAACAAACUCCGCGAGGUCAAGGUGGACAUUUGGCACAAGCUCAUGAUGGAGUUCGUUCAGCCGAUGCCGCUCAUGAUCUGGGCCGCCAUCCUCAUCGAGACGAUGCAGGCGUUCAUCAACAAGAGCGCGGACAGCUGGAUCGACGUGUUCGUGCUUCUCGUCCUGCAGCUCCUGAACGUGUUCGUCGGAUUCUUCGAGGAGAUGAAAGCCGGCGACGCGAUCGCGGCGCUGAGGGACUCGCUGAAGCCCGAGGCGUGCGUGAAGCGCGGCGGGCGGACGUACAACUGCGACGCGACGACGCUGGUGCCCGGCGACGUCAUCUGCCUCGGCGCCGGCGGCGCCGUCCCCGCGGACUGCACGCUCCGCCACGGGAAACCGAUCCAGGUCGACCAGGCCGCGCUCACGGGGGAGUCGCUCCCGGUCACGAUGUCCACGGGAUCGGACGCGAAGAUGGGAAGCACGGUGACGCGGGGCGAGAUCGAGGCGACGGUGAUCGCCACCGGGUCGCAGACGUUUUUCGGGAAAACCGCAGAUCUCGUCCAGGGCGUGGACGAGCUGGGGCACUUCGAGAAAGUCCUGCGGGAGAUCAUGGUCCUGCUCGUCGCCGUCGGCGCGAUCAUCUGCGCGAUCGUGUUCUUGUACCUCGUCACGAUCGGCGUGAACUUUUGGGAGGUGCUGGCGUUUAACGUCGUCCUCCUCGUCGCGUCCAUUCCCAUCGCGCUCAGGGUCGUGUGCACCGCGACGCUCGCGCUCGGGUGCCACGAGCUCGCCGCGGAGAAGGCGAUCGUCGCGCGCCUGUCGUCCGUGGAAGAGCUCGCGGGGAUGACGAUCCUGUGCUCGGACAAGACCGGGACGUUGACGCUGAACAAGAUGAUGCUUCAGGAGGAUCUCCCGACGUUCGCGCCGGGGGUGACGAAACGCGAGGUGCUGAAACUCGCCGCGCUCGCGGCGAAGUGGUGGGAGCCACCCAAGGACGCGCUCGACACGCUCGUGCUGAACGCGGUUGAUCUGCGCGAGCUCGACGCGUGGGAACAGACGGACUACAUGCCGUUCGACCCGACGAUCAAGCGCACGGAGGCGACGGUGCGAAAGAAGUCCACGGGCGAGUCGUUCAAGGUGUCGAAGGGGGCGCCGCACGUCCUCCUGGAGAUGUGCGACGACAAGGACAAGAUCCGCGCGGCGGUGGACGACAAAGUCCUGGAGCUCGCGCACCGCGGGAUCCGCUCGCUCGCGGUCGCGCGCACGAAAGGCGGCGAGGACGGCCCGUGGGAGUUCCAGGGGAUCAUGACAUUCUUGGACCCGCCCCGGCCGGACACGAAGCACACGAUCGACUGCGCGAACGAGUUCGGCGUGGGCGUGAAGAUGAUCACGGGCGAUCACAAGGCGAUCGCGGUGGAGACGUGCAAGGUGCUGGGGAUGGGCACGCACGUCUUGGGGACGGAGUCGCUGCCGCUCAUGAAAGCGGAGGAUCUGGAGAAGGCGCAGACGUUGGGACGGGACUACGGCGCGCUGUGCCAGAGCGCGGAUGGAUUCGCGCAGGUGUUCCCGGAGCACAAGUACCUCAUCGUCGAGGCGCUGAGGCAGCAAGGGUUCCUCGUCGGCAUGACCGGCGACGGUGUGAACGACGCGCCCGCGCUGAAGCGCGCGGACGUCGGGAUCGCGGUGCAGGGCGCGACGAACGCCGCGCAGGCGGCGGCGGACAUCGUCCUCACCGAACCCGGUCUCUCCACGAUCGUCACCGCGAUCGUGACCGCGCGUAAGAUCUUCCAGCGGAUGAAGAACUUCGUGAUCUACCGCGUCGCGUGCACGCAGCAGCUGCUGUUCUUCUUCUUCGUCUCGUGCGUGUUCUACCACCCGAACGAGAGGAACGACGACUGGCCGAACUACUUUUACAUCCCGGUCAUCGCGCUCGUGACGAUCACGAUCUUGAACGACGGGACGAUCAUCUCCGUGGCGUACGACAACGUGCACGCGUCGCACCUCCCGGAGAAGUGGGACCUGAACAUCCUGUACAUCGUGUCCUCAUCCAUCGGGAUGACCGCGCUGAUGUCGUCGCUCAUCCUGCUGUCGUACGCGCUGUCGAGCAACGACCCGACGUCGCAGUGGGCGUCCUGGGGGCUUCCAGCGUUGUCCUACGGCGAGAUCCAGUGCUUGAUGUACUUGAAGAUCUCCCUGAGCGACUACAUGUCCGUAUUCAACUCGCGGACGAAGGGGUGGAUGUGGUCCAGGGCCCCGAGCCGCGUGCUCGUCGGCGCGUGCAUCUUCGCGACGAGCAUCUCCACGAUCUUGUCGCUGUACUGGCCGUUCGGGAACGGCAUGCAAGGCAUCUCCGGCGACGUCGCGCUGCUGUGCUGGCUCUACGUCCUGUUCUGGGCCGUGCUUCAGGACGCGGCGAAGGUGAUGACGUACAGCAUUCUGCACUCGCUGGGGUACGUCGAGAGCGUGGACGUCAUCGACGAGGAAGCGCUGAAGCAGUCGCGCGAAGACUUCUUAGCCGUGAGCGUCCGCGACUGA